CUUUCUCUCUCCUCUGUCUUCCUUACCGUUACUCACCACCUAAUUGUUCUCCCCCAACAAAAACACCCCUUUUUUUUUACUACUUUUCUCGCCAUUAACGUCAACCUUCAAACUCUAAAAACUCCACAUUUCAUAGAUUACAAGAAUUGCAGGCUUUCUAAACCCCCCCAAAUUUCGGGUUUUCUAUUUCAAUAUUUUUCUUUGGAUUUUCCCUGUUUCUUGGUUAAUUUCUCCAAUUUAGCACUCUAAAUUGUGAAAUAGCCCCUAAAAGUUUCUAAUUGAAGCGUUUUUUAAUCAGGUCUUGGGUAGAUUAUGGCAACUUUAGCACCCGGGGUUCUAGUAAAACUCCUUGAUGGUUUGAAAACAGGGGUUAAACCCACCGGCGAGCACCGGAGCUCGCUUCUUCAGGUAACCGACAUCGUACCGGCCGAGCUUGACGAGAAGAAUCUAUGGCCUAAACAUGGAUUCUACAUUAAAGUCUCCGAUUCUUCACAUUCCAUUUAUGUUAGCCUACCAUAUGAGCAAGAUGAUCUUGUUUUAAGCAAUAAAAUGCAGCUGGGUCAAUUCAUCUAUGUCGACAAAUUAGAGCCCGGAUCGCCUGUUCCGGUAGCGAAAGGCGCUAAACCUCUCCCGGGUAGACACCCUUUCAUGGGUACUCCAGAACCCUUGAUGGGUCUAAGAGAAAAGAAAGAAAAAACUGAGCAUAAGGUUGUGAUCAAUGGAACUCCUAGAAGAGGGUCUUGGGAAUUGAACCAACUUAAUGGGUUUGAUGGGAAUGUAAUUACUUCUCCUAUUAUGAAAUUAAAGCCUGUUCCUUUAGAUUUUGAUCAAUGUACUCCAAUGAAGGAGAAGGGUAGUGCAGUGAAAUUUCACCCUCCUCCAAUGUCUCCUAUGAUGAGAUCAGUAAAAAUGGUGAAAGAUCAUGUUAAUUCAGCAAUUAGGGCUUCUGUUGGUGGUGCUUUGUUGUCUUCUAAGUUCGAAUCGAGGGGUGAAAGUCCUGCUUUGGUUAGGAAAAGCUGUGUUACACCCACAAUGUUGAAGUUUCCUCGGAGUAAAAGUGUUUGUGAAAGAGGGCCAAAGAUGAUAUCCACACCAUUUAAUAUAUCUGAAAAGAAAAGUUGUACACCUCCACCAAGUCUAAGGAGAGAUGGGGGUUGUGUGAAUUCAGCAGCAAAUGUGCAGAAUUCGAAAUCAACUCCGCAUCAGUUACAAUCACAGUCCAGUAAUCCAACCUUUAAUUCUAGUAGUGGCACAAGUUUAUCAGUAAAUUUACCAGGAAAGCUUGCUAUUCUUGGCAAAGAAGCUGUACAUCAAAGAGAAAAAGCUCAAAAGAUUGCCUUUCAAGCUCUGAGACAAUCUACCGCCACAGACAACGUUGUCCGCUGCCUCAAGAUGUUUGCGAAUUUGAGCAAAUCAGCAAAGGCAGACGCACCAGCAGCCUGUUUUGAUCAGUUUUUGGAGUUUCAGAACCAAAUUACACAAGCAGUGACAGACAUGGUGUCAAUUCAAGCAGCAGCUUCCACACUCGAAACCAAAUCAGAAGCGAAAGAAGAGACUCCAAUCUUACACGAAAUAGCUCAAAACUCCAUGGAACGAUUCCACGACAAUGAACCAAACAACAACCCAUCAAAGAGAAGACUAGCCUUGUACAAGUCCAUUGCAUCUUUUCCUGAAAGAAUGAAUGAAAUUCAGAAACCAAGUAACAAUGUUAGAAUCUUAAGGUCACACUCAAAGACUACUAAUGUUGAGAAUGAUGAAAACAAGCAGCCUGGUGGUGAAUCUGGUUGUUUAAGCAGUAUGAUCAAGCUGUGUAAACAGAUAGAAUCUGAAGCAGGAAGUUGGUUUAUGGAGUUUAUAGAGAAAGCACUCGAAAUGGGGUUGAAGAAAUCGAAAGGGAAAGCGGAUGCUGAUGUUCGAAAAGUUCCUCAAUCACUUAUCCUUAAGGUUAUGAACUGGGUUGAGGUUGAGCAAAGCGAUUCCAGCAAACGGACAGUUCAUCCUAAGGCUUCUCAGAUUGCUAGGAAAUUGAGAAUCAAAGUGAAAAACCCUUGAUUCUUUGAAUGAUGUUGGAUACUUUUCAUUGCAUUUUUUUUAUGUGAUUCAAUUCAAUUGUGUUGAAAAUUAUCAUUUAUUCUUUGAUUUGUAGAUCAUUUUACUGAGUGUGGAGUGUACGUUUGUGUGUUAUAGGAGGAGUUAGGGUGUCUAUGAUUUUCUUUGUAUACUAACACUUUAGGAGUUAUUGCCUGGCUUUGGUAAGGCAUUGAGGAAUAAUGAAACUAUGAAAGUAGUAAGCAAUUUAUGCUCUUUGAAUUA